AUGUUGUGGAGCAAAAUUCAUCUAGCUCAAAAAGUAGAAGUUCGAAUUCAAAUGAAACAAAGUGCCACUCAUUGGAUCUGUGAUGACGAAGAAUGGAUUGAAGGCAGAUUAAAGGAAAUUGGACGCAGCAGUCAAGAUGGAGCGACCAGCAGAUGCAUCAGCAGUGCAAAGAUUUAUGGGGCUAGGAGGUAUCUUUCUAUAUAUUUUAAUACCUUUCAGAAAUAAGAGAGCCACUAUGCCGCCUGACAUGCAAGAAUGUCCAGUGGAUCUGGACUCUUGAGCAGAAAGAUGCCUUCGAAAAGAUCAAAGACGCUUUUUUCCAAAGCACCAGCACUCAAGUACUUUAGAAAGAGUGACCCAACACAGGGCGAAGGAGACGCCUCCAAGGAUGGGCUUGGCUUUUUACCGAUCUAGCAUAAUGAACAACUUAAAUCUGCAAGUCAGAUGGCACUCAGGUUGGCAGAGAGGAAGUAUUCCCAGAUCGAGAAGUAAUUUUUGA